CCCAGUGACGCGAUGUGCAUGCUAGAGCAGUAGGCUGUAGGCUGUAGGAAGCGUGCUGGAGGGUGGCCGUCACCAUGGCGGAGGGGCGAGAUCUAGGUAGAGCAUUCGCAUUCGCAGCUCUCGUGCAGGAAGCAUCGUAAAAAGGUCUUACAGCUAGUAGUAGCAGAUCCAAGGUCUCUGGGGGACUGGCUUAGCAGGUAGGAAUAGGUCAACAGGAUCGGUCCACGUAGGAGAUCUGCAACCUGCUCUGGCAACCCAAUGCUCACUCCAGAUCCUGAGGUCAAAAUCUGUUUCUGGUCUGCUUCUCCCCCUAAGCAGCAGCAGCACCUGAUAGUUCUGGACGUCGAGAUGAGCCCUUUAGCUGGCCCUUGCUGCAUGGUGCUAUGGGUCGUGGCUAGCUGCUGAGUUAGCAACAAGCUUUGACACCAUUUGGUGUCCCGAGCAUCAGAAGUCUGUCCCAUUGUUACUGGAUCCUAAUACAGGCAGCUAUGUCAUUUGAGGGUCAGGAGCCACUGAUGGAGGAGCAGCAACAGAUUGGUGGAGAUCAGCAGGGGGAGAGAGAUGCAUCAUUGGCCACAGCAGGGCGCAGUAACUACACCAUAGGCACAAAUGCUGGAGGAAAGGUUUUUGUUGGAGGUCUGUCAUGGGACACAACUACAGAGACUCUGACAACUCAUUUCAGUGCAUUCGGGAAGCUGACUGACUCGGUGGUGAUGAGGGACCGUCAAACGGGGAACCCGCGCGGCUUUGGAUUUGUGACCUUUGCAGAUGCAUCAGUUGCUGACAGGGUUGUUCAAGAGCAACACAUCAUAGAUGGGAGAACGGUCGAUGCAAAGAAGGUGGUGCCGCGUGAGGCGAUGACUGGCCCCAGGACGAAGAAGAUCUUUGUGGGGGGGCUGCCAACCACUGUCGAGGAAGAGGAGCUGCGGCAGAACUUUGCCAGCUAUGGCAACAUCACCGAGGUCCAGAUCAUGGUUGACAGAGCCACUGGCCGCUCCCGGGGCUUUGGCUUUGUGACCUUUGAGAACGAGGCCUGCGUCGAGCGCGUGCUGUCUCAGGGCCGGCUGCACGAGGUGGCGGGGAAGAUGGUGGAGGUGAAGAAAGCGGAGCCCAAACGACCUCCCGAGGUGCCCCCCAUCAGCACCCCCUCGUACGGCUAUGGCCUGGGAGCAUAUGGAGGCGGCAGCGGCUAUGGGAGCAGCAGAGGGGUAGGCGCUUACCCCAGCAGCCGCAUGGGCUACGGCGGGAGGCUGAGCUACGGGGCAGGCGGGGGAGGCUACGGCGGCGCUUAUGGUGGGGCAGCCGCGGGCUACGGCAGCACGUCCGGCGGAUAUGGCAGCGCAUAUGCCUCAGAAGGCUAUGGCAGCAGCAGUCGGACGGCUUACUCGGGGUACGGGGGAAGUUCAUUAGGAGCCGGAUAUGGGGGAGGGUCGAUGGCCGGAUAUGGUGGCGGGUAUGGUUCUUAUGGCGGUGGCUAUGGAGGAAUGGGCGGCUAUGGCGAGAGUUAUGCAAGUGGAACCUACGGCAGUGGGGAGAGUUACGGCAGUAGCUAUGGUUCCGGAACCAGGGGCGGGUAUGGAGGCGCCUCCGGGUCGGGCUCUGGUGGGCAGAUGGGAGGGGGCAGCUCGAGAGGCGACAGUCGAUACUAUCCCUACCGAGGAGGGCAGUAGGCAACGUGGCGCGCGUGUAACUAGGACGGAUGACUGUUCGCUUGAAAGGGGCGCACGUUUGAUGGUGUCAGAUUUAGGGUCGCAGAAAAGGAUUGGUGAUCAGAUCUUCCGGCGCAAGCCUCACAAUUAGGUGCUGGCUCUUCCAGAAGCAGCGCAGCAGCGAGCAAUAUCAGGCACCUCAUUCCACAAAGGGAGCUACUAGGCUAAUCAGAUGAAGCACGACCAAGCUGGGGCGGCCCGUUCAUAUGACUGAUGGCUGCAGUCACGAUGAGCUCCGGGUGGGGCAAUGGUUCCGACAGGUGGGCCUGACUUUGUGUCUCGAUAGUUAGGACACCCGUCAAAGGGACAGGUCACUCGCUGAGCUCCUUGUCGGAAUUAUGUGCACCCUGGAACACCGCCGGCAUAGUUAGACAGACUGCUUACCCUAGGCCGACAUUGGUAGAGAGCGUAGCAAAAUAAGGCGGCUUUAAGAAGGAUGUUAAGCUCGCUCAUACUGGUGCCGGGGAUGGCAAAGAUGCUUCAGCGUCAAACGGCUAACAGGUGGACGUCUUUGCAAGUUUGCUUUUGCUUUAAAUAGGACAGGUAUAAGCACAUAGAUACAGGUCUUUUUCCGGGGUUCCUUAUGUGAUUCUUUCAGGAUAAGCGUCCUCUUUAGUUGAUAUUGCGCCAUUUUUUGUUAGAAAGCUUCCUAGCUUAGUCAAAAACUUUUUGAGAGCUGUUGUGCCCAAUGCUCUAAGAUUUGAGUCUCAAGUUUAUCUAGGCCACUAGCUGUUUCUUGCUACAAUCAUUGAAGUAUCCAACCUAGCAGUCCUCGGAACAGGGUCGCAUGCUCAAGCCUUCCGAAUCUCAAUCUUUUUGGAUCAAUGGUCUCUUGCUAGUGACUUGCCGUUUAUACGAAUGGCAGAGCCGAAAGCAUCCUCACC